GUAUCAAUUCUCUUGAAGAAAGUAAUAAUAUCGAACAAAGGUGAUGUAAUAUUCUAAUGUACAAUUGGCGGCACUUUGCAGGUCAGGGUCUAGAGCCGGUAACACAAACAAUAAUUUCAUAGACAUCUUUGAUUACUCAUGUCGGCGAGUUAUACAGUCAUUGAUUUUUCAUACCUCACCUGCCCUGAAUAAAUCUAUGAAUAAAAGAGUACAGAACAUCUUAUGGUUCGGACUAUAAAUCUACCGUCUAAACUUGAAACGUUUUCCAAGAGUUCUUUAUUCUCCUCGCGAUUACUCGUGAGCGUUGCAAGGGUUAAUUAUCAGUUGGGGAUAAUUCUUAGCAUGUACGACGUUAUAAUAAUUGGAAUUUAAAAAGAUAUCUACCAGCAGAAAAUGACUAUUCAACAACGCGGUACAUUUGGUAAAAUGCAUCGUCCGUACCAGCUUUGUUAUAAUAAACAACGCCUACUGUAUACCCACCUAUGUUGUAUGGAUGAUGUUACUAUUUCCAAUAAAAUUAUAUCAGCCCCAAGUUUAUUGGCGGAUAGAGGGCCUCUUCUUCCACUGGUUACUCGCAAUGGUUUCCAUGUGGACCUGGUCUGCGGGCUAUGACAUAAUUGAACACGGAGACGAUAUACAGAGGAUUAUCAGCGACAGAACGUUGGUAAUUGCAAACCACCAGAGUACGGGAGAUGUUCCCAUGCUAAUGACAACGUUCAAUGCCAAGCCAAAUGUUCUACCGAAUCUGAUGUGGAUUAUGGACAGGAUAUUCAAAUUCACAAAUUUUGGCAUCGUUUCGAUUUUACACGAUGACUUUUUUAUUGUUUCGGGUCGUGACAAGCGAGGAGAAAGUUUGAAACAAUUGGAAAACCAUUUAAAGGAAUCCUUUGUACCUCUGGACCGGAAAUGGAUGGUCCUGUUUCCCGAAGGUGGCUUUUUACGCAAAAGACGUGAAACCUCUCAGAGAUACGCUAAAAAGAAUAAUCUACCAAUAUUGGAAUACGUUACGUUACCCAGAGUCGGAGCUAUGCAAACAAUAUAUGACGUUAUCGGUCCACGUCAGAAUAAUAAUUCCAUAGACCAUCAGUUAAACAAUAGAUCAGAUAUGACCGUAGCUAGACCACAAUUAAGUUGGGUCUUAGAUAUAACAAUAGCAUAUCCCCAGGGUAAACCGAUAGAUUUACCAACGAUUAUUACUGGUUUCCGACCACCCUGCGAUACGGUACUAUUCUACCGAGUGUAUCCUAGUUCGCAGGUACCGAGAGAGCCUGAGUUGUUGACGAAAUGGCUCUACGACAGAUGGGUAGAAAAGGAAGCACUAUUGGAGAAUUUUUACAAAUAUGGAACAUUUCCAAAGGCGUCUGGAACGUCCCAAACUGGUUCAAAGAUCCAACAAGACCCUUUACGUUUUCUAGUCCUUCAUCUGUUCUUCAUAACCUCUAGUUAUAUCCAUUACAACAUGCUUGCGUAUGUUUGGUCCUACAUUUGGUAAGUCGUUGUAUUUUUAAUGUGUGAAUGCAAGUGAAUGUAUCUAUCAACUUUAGCGCAUAUGUAAUUUGACGGAGCGGAAGGAGGAGGGUGAGAAUAGUAUGAAAAUUACGAUAAAAUUAAAUCGAAUCGAAUAAAAAAAAUACUCUUCUGAUCGCGCGUUAACCUUCGAUAUACAAAACAUAUCGCAGAAACAAACACCGAUUAUGUCUUAUCUCCAGCAAUAUUUCAACCGAGGACCUAUUCGACCGACAAUGUUUAACAAAUAAUAAUGGAACCACAUUAUCAAUUAGGAAAUUAAUUUUACAAGUAACACCCCACGAGAACUGUUUUUGCAUAUUGCUCAAGACGAUCACGCUCUAUUCCGCAAAUUUAAUAUUUUUCACUGUUUUUCUUCAUUUUUCUUUUCUCUUUUCGUCCUUUUUCCUUGAUUUUUCAAUCAUUUUUUUCUUGCAAUCAACUCAAUCAGGGGCUGAAAAAUUGUAAGUUUAGCAAAAGUAAAACCAUCCUAAAUCCUAAUCCUAAAUCUACCAGCUAUUCACCUACCCAUUUAUCUAUUUAAACUAACAUUAGCUUCGAGAUAAUAUAAUCUUUAAUUGAUUUAGAUAAUCAUUAAUUCAGCGUAAUUAAUUUCAAUCCUAAAGUAGCGUUAUAAUGUCGUCAUAUCUAUAUCCUUGACCCGCGCACGAUUGCGUUCUCAUUACUUUAUAAUACUAAUACACCUAUUCACACCUGAUACAAAUCUAUAAACACAUAUGCGCACGUGUGUAAUUGUGUGUGCGAUAAUAUAUAAUAAAAAGCAAAAAAAAAAACCUGAACAAAAAAAAAGUAAAACUAACUUUACACCCUCUCACACAAAUAAUAAAUACUCUAUUGAAGAAAAGAAAUUUAAAAAUAAA